AUGGCUUCGCAGCGUAGCUUAUCUUCCGACGACACGAAAGCGACUAUGUCGUCUCAGCCUCACCCCUCGUCGAACCAACAAAAUGCCGACCCUAAUGGCUCGAAUGUCUCGCGUGGCUCGAACCGCUCGAACGGCUCGAAUGAUUCGAACGGCUCUCCGAUCGUCGUGCUGUCGUACCGUCAAGCGGCGCGUCUUGUCGCCAUGUCGACCGUGGUUCUCGUGCUGCUGCUCGCCGCUGCCUUCCACCUCGGCCGAAUGUCCAUCGGAGAAAUCGCAGCCGUCGAUUCGUCACACCUGAACAAUCUCCCCGCAGUCUCGUUAAGCGAUGUCUCAACAUUAUUCUCCCCUGAAACCCCUCGGCGUCGCGUGCUGAGAUCCCGCGGUCGUCCCAGACCGGCCAAACCCGCCAAAAAAACUGCUCCCGCCGAAAAUCCUCCUCCCGCCGAAAAUCCUGCUCCCGCGGAAAAGCCUGCUCGCGCGGAAAAGCCUGCUCCCGCCAAAAGACGUGCUCCCGCCAGAAAGCCUGCUCCUCGCAAGAAAAAGCCGCAAGCAGAGGUAAGAGUAGAGGUGAAGGAGGAGGCGAAAGAGGAGAUUAAGAGCGGCGGAGAUAUCAAGGAGGUGGUUGAGGUCCCCGCUGAUCAGGCUGCUGCUGCUGACGACGACGCAGCAAAAGCAGCAGAAGCAGCGGCUGCUGCGGCUGCCGCUGCUGCGAAUGGUGCUGGUGGGGAAGGGGGAGGGGGUGCUAUUGGUGGUGAGGCUGGCGGAUCAGCUGCUGCUGCUGAUUCUGCUGGUGAGCCUGCCACGCCUGCUGCUACGGUUGAGGCUACUACAGCUGCUGGUGCGUCAGACGCCGCAAGCUCCACAUCACCAGCCGCCACGUCAGCUCCUGCAGAGUACACGUCAGCGUCUGCUGACGGAGCAGCGAUCCCCGCAACGACGGUUGACCCAACGACGUACUACACGGCGGAGGGGUUGCAGCGGCUGCAGGACCCGUGUGGGGGAAUUGGCGGUGUCAGCGGGAAUCCCGGUACCAGCGGCAAUCGGAGGUGCUACAAUCGGUGCCACAGGCGAACGCGGUCGGGGUACUGUGUGAAGGAGCUGCUUUCGCUCUAUGAUGAAGCGUACAGUCCCUUGUGGCCGGCACGGGUGGACCUGGUGGUGCGCAGCUACGUGUCGGACAACUUCUUCCUCACGGCGUUCCUCUUUGCCAGCAUCGAGCAGAUGUGGCCAGCUGGCAUUGGUGACGUCAUCCUGGUGCUGGAUGAGAGCGAUCGCCACGUGGAGGACAUCGUGCCGCCCUGGGUCAAGAUCUACUAUGAGAAGAACUACCUGGGCCUGACACCCAAGCUGGUGCAGCAGUGGAGCUACCUGUGGGCCGACAACUACACCACCGCGCCCUACAUUGCCAUCAUAGAUGAUGACGUCAUCUUCAACCUCAAGGUGACUCCUGGACUGCUUUUUAAUUUAACGGACGGCAAGCCAUUCAUAAUCGGCAGCAAGAGCACGCAGGGCAAGAACUGGCGCACCUCAUCCCGCUACUUCGUGGGUCCGGGCCACUACUUUGCCAACUUCAUGGUGCAGCUGCCCUUUGUUUUCCCGCGUGCCGUGCUGCCCAAGUUCCGAGACCACGUGGGGCAGCUGCACGGGCGCAAGUUUGGUGGGAGCUUCGACGCGGCGUUCAAGUUCUGGUCGAUCCGCGGGCCCAUUGCGGAUCGGUCGCACGUUGCACACACGACUCUCGGGAACUACAUGUGGUUCUUUGCCAACGACUCGGCACAUUGGGCCUUCGAGUGGGAGUCUCGAACGCCCAUCCCGCGCGUUGGAGUGCACAUCCCCCAUACCCACGAGUUCCGCAACGCCUCUGGCCCCGCCGCCGGCCCUCCCCAACGACUCGUGAAAACUUAUGUCGAUUUGACUGGCACGUACGCGCAUGAGGGGCUGUGUAACGCAUUUCCGGAGGGGGAAUUGGCUCAUUGCGAGGACGCGUCGAGGGAGCAGGGACAGAUUUGGAGGUACGCGCUGAGCGGGAGUGAGUGGUCGAUUUUCCAGAGCGGGACAGUGAAUGGGACGGUGAUGCAUGAUGAUUAUAAGUGGGAGUUGAAGUGUAUGUAUGAGCGCGUGGUGGGAGCGAAGACAGGGGAGUGGAAAGGGGAUGUGGAGGGGAAGCGGCAGGAGCUGGAGCUGCUGUCGCUAUAUGACGAAGCUUACCGCCCGCUGUGGCCCGCACGGGUGGACCUGGUGGUGCGCAGCUACGUGUCGGACAACUUCUUCCUCACGGCGUUCCUCUUUGCCAGCAUCGAGCAGAUGUGGCCAGCUGGCAUUGGUGACGUCAUCCUGGUGCUGGAUGAGGCCGACCGCCACGUGGAGGACAUUGUGCCACCCUGGGUCAAGAUUUAUUAUGAGAAGAACGUUUUGGAUUUGCCCGGGAAAAUACUUCAGCAGUGGAGCUACCUGUGGGCCGACAACUACACCACCGCACCUUACAUUGCCAUCAUAGAUGAUGACGUCAUCUUCAACCUCAAGGCGACCCCCGGGCUGCUGUUCAACUCGACACGACAGACGGCUUGCCGGCUGCUGUUCAACCUGACCAAUGGCAAGCCAUACAUGAUCGGCAGCAAGAACACGCAGUCAAACUACUUCUUCGCUGGUCGCUACUGCGCCAACUACAUGGUGCAGCCAACCUUUGUCUUCCCGCCCGCGCGCUGUGCUGCUUCCCAUUGCACUGUAUCAUCCCAACACUCCGUGACCCCAGGUUUGCUGUUCAACCUGACAAACGGCAAGCCGUACGUGAUUGGCAGCAAGAACUCGCAUGGGGACAACUGGAAGCCCUCCCAUCACUUCUCUCAGCACCUUCAGCCACCCCCCUCCCAGGUGACCCCAGGACUGCUGUUCAACCUGACCAAUGGCAAGCCGUACGUGAUAGGCAGCAAGAACACGCAGUCAGACAACUGGAAGCCGUCCUCCUACUACUUUGUCGGCCGCUACCACGCCAACUACAUGGUGCAGCUGCCCUUUGUCUUCCCACGAUCCGUGCUGCCAGAGUUCAGAAGGAGGGCAGCCAAGCGGCACAAGAAGGACUUUAAUGCGGCUGUCAAGUACUUUGCAGAUCACGGGCCAUCCUUUGCCAAGUGA